GUUUCUCAAUUUGGAACAGGCACACAGAGUUCUCCUUCAGCUCAAAGUGUUUGAACAAUGGAACUUACGAGGAGACUUACAGAGGUUUUCUUCCUUUACCUUCAAGUUUCCAACUUUUACAUAGCAGGCUUCGCUUCGAAAGACUGUACUGUAACUGUCAAUCAAGAACCUUUCAUUGAAGGUCACUUGACCGAAAAUGUGACCAUCAACUGCACUUUCACGCAUGCCAAUUGCUUCAACACACCUAAAGUACUGUGGUUCAGGAUCAACACCAACCAAACGACAAAUCUGUGCUCGGGAGCCUGUUCAAGUGAAUCGUCUAAUGGGAGGUUUACUUUGUCCGGCACAAGUUCUGGUGGCAAUGCUGCCUUGAGAAUUCAGCAACUGACCAAAGCAGACAACGGCAUGUAUUACUGUGGUGUAGCCUUCCAGAAAUCCCCUUCCAUCAAGUCCAAACAAAUGGGAAAUGGUACAAUGCUGGUGCUCAAAGGACCUACUGACAUAGGAUCAGAUCUAUUGCUCCAAUCAACACUGAUACUCAUUCUCACCCUAUACACCAUCUGCAUCACCAUUCUCCUUGCCCAAACCAUCAGAUUGAUGCAGCAGGCUAAUUCCAAUCAUAACCACAGCAGAAACGAUCCAAAUGAAGAACAGAAGAGCCGAGCUUUCAAGGACCUUGCACUGGAAUUCAACAAAAAGUACAGAAAUAAAAAGCAAGAGACAGAAGUAAGUGAAGAAAAGCAAGAGGCACAACUUCAAUGUGCUCAGUACGAUGACAGUAUCUAUCAAAAUGCCUGAGGGUUCCAUCACCAAGCAACUAAAAUGAAUGGAAUUCCCAAGACAGUGUUAAUAGACUUUCAUGUGGAAAAGAUAAAGGAGGCUCUCAGUUAACAAGCUUAACCAGCAGGCAGCAAUGCAAGAGGGAUCUGUGUGUUAAGAUUUCAAUCUGUGUUUAGUCCACGUUUUUCAUUCUUCGGAGCUGAUCGUGUCAUAUCCAGACAGCAUUGCUUCCCUUCAUUUCAAUCUUCUCUUUGAACUAAUUAAAUUCAGACCUGUUCCUGAAGUCUAUUAUGAAUGGCUAAUUGAUGAUAAGGGUCAACUUGAUAUCAAAAUCUUUUGAGCAACCGAUAACCCAGGAAAGAGUUUGCAUACCACAGUCAAAAGGGAGACGCUCGUGGUACAGUCCCUACCCCUGGACUGGGAGGCCUGAGUCAAGUCCCCAUCUGCUUCAGAGGUGUGUAAUAACAUCUCCGAACAGGUUGAUCAGAGAGAAAUAAAGGUUAACAAAAAUAGGAAGACUCUUGUUGCCCAGUGUUAAUGUCCCUACCUCUGAGCCAGGAGGCCCAGGUUCAAGUCCCACCUGAUCCAGACGUGUCAUAACUCUGACCAGGUUGAUUAGAAAAUAAUACCAAAAUUAAACGGUGUUUAUUGGUUCCCAGUAGAACACUAGAGAAUACAAACUGCUUGAUCAGCAGCUCUUCCACCACUUUAAAAACUACUCCCUUCACCAACUCGAUGCACAGUGGCAGCAGUGUGUACCAUCCAGGAGAUGCAAUGCAACAACUCACCAAGGCUCCUUCAACAGCACCUUCCAAUCCUGCAAAAUGUAUCACCUAGAAGAACAACAGCUACCGACACGUAGGAACACCACCACCUUCAAGUUAUCACCACAUGCCAGGAAACAUACUGCACUUCUUCAACGUCGGUCAAAAUCCUGGAACUGUUUCCUGAACAGCACUGAGGGUAUACCUAUGCUGCACAGAGUGCAGUGGUUCAAAAAGGGAAAUCAUCACCACUUUCUCAAGAGCAAACAGAAAUUGCAAUAAAUGCUGACCUUGCCAGUGAUCUAAUCAACAGACAGCUGACACCAAACAGUAACUAAGGAAGUAAACCAACAGUGCUGAUUAGGACAUGAACACUUACUUUGCUUCUCAUCUCACGAAAACACACAAGCUUGAAGUUCACAUCAGAUAGGGUAAUUGAGAUCACAUGACAAAAGUGGUCACAUGUAGCUUGUAACAAAUGUAUUGAACAACCCUGUACUGCACAGCCCAAUGACAAUGUUGUGAGAAUGUCAGAGGCUCAAUAAAUUGGGCAAUUCCACAUUCCAAGCUGACGGAAAGGCUGUGAAAAGAAAAAUAAUCCAGACUGAGGUUUGCACACAGACUGUUUUAAUAAAAUGCCAUUUACCUCCAAUCCAGA